UUAUUUUAUUUCAAUCUUCAGCAUGAAAAUCAGCGCUCGGUGUUGCGCACCGACCUUUCCGACAGAAUCCUGGGUCUGUCACGAACUUCUAAUAGUGAUCCCGAUAGGACAAAGCCAAGCUGUGUCCUUAAAACAGCUUUAGAAGAAUGCGAUAUGAAUCACAAUUUUGAAAAUACGUGCUCAGGGUGA